AUGGAAGAUUCUUUCAGACCCUCAACUCUGCCACCUGCGCCCAACCUCUCCGUACCCAUCUUGGCGAACUGGGGUUUCAAUCUGACUUCGGGGCAGGGAGCCAGCGUCCCCGGGCCGCAGUCGCCACCACCCGGACCACGCAUCCCCCGGGUCAGCCUGGUCUUACUGGGGGUCAUCUUGGUGGCGGCAGUGGCCGGCAACGCCACGGUGUUAUUCCGCUUGUGCGGCGGCGGGCCGUGGGCAGGUCCCAAGCGUCGCAAAAUGGACUUUCUGCUGAUGCAGCUGGCCGUGGCGGACCUGUAUGCGAGCUGGGGUACAGCACUGUCCCAGCUGGCCUGGGAGCUGCUGGAAGGGCCGCGCCCGGCUGCGGGCGACCUGGCGUGCCGUUUCGUGCAGCUGCUACAGGCAUCUGGCCGGGGCGCCUCUGCCCAUUUCGUGGCACUCAUCGCUCUCGAGCGCCAGCGCGCUCUGCGAUAUCCCCAGGGCCCGCCGCUGCCCGCACGCUCCCUCGCCGCCUUGGGCUGGCUGCUGGCGUUGCUCCUGGCACUGCCCCCGACAUUCGUGGUGCGUGGGGGCAUUCCGCCGCUGCCGCCUCCUACCGCGUCCCCCGCCGCCCGCUUGUGGCCAGGGGAGCGUCGCUGCCGUGGCAUCUUCGCCCGCCUCCCGCGCUGGCACCUGCAGGUCUACGCGCUCUACGAGGCUGUUGCGGGCUUCGGGGCGCCCGUCGCGGUCAUGGGCGUCGCUUGCGGCCACCUGCUCUGCGUCUGGUGGCAGCGCCGGCCCCAGGCCCCAGCCGAUGCGGCUCCCUGGUCGGCUGGUCCGGCUCGAGGCCCCGAGCCCAGUGCGCUGCCCCGCGCCAAGGUGCAGAGCCUGAAGAUGAGCCUGGUACUGGCGCUGCUAUUCGUGGGCUGUGAGCUGCCCUACUUCGCCACCCGGUUGGCGGCCGCAUGGUCGUCCAGGCCUGCGGGAGACUGGGAGGGAGGCCAGGCGGCAGUGUUGCGCGCCGUGGGGGUGGCCAGCAGUGCUCUCAACCCUUUCGUCUACCUCUUCUUCCAGGCGGGCGAUGGCUGGCUCAGGCGGCGGCUACGGAGGCGCCUGGGCGCUGUGUGCUGCGCGCGUGAGGGAGCCUCGGAAGACAACGAGUGGCCCGGGGACCACCAGGCACUCCACCGCCACCGCUGGCCCCACCCCCAUUACCACCAUGCCCGGCGCGAGCAGCGGGACCAGGGCUGCUUGCGCCCACCCCCGCCGCGCCCCAGACCGCGUCCCUGCUCUUGCGAAAGCGCCUUCUAG